AUGACAAAAGAAGGAGCAGAAGAAUUUUUUCUCAAACCAGUGAGACUAUCAGAUGUCAAUAAGCUUAAACCCCAUAUGAUGAAAGCCAAAUUCAAAGAUCAUGAAAAGCCAGCAAAACAAGAAGAAGAAGCAUCAGAAACACCAGAGGUACAGCAAUCACAACCACCACAACCUCAAAGUAAUAAUAACAAGAGGAAGGCCAUGGAUGAAGGGCUUUCAUCAGAUAGAACAAGACCCAGAUACAGUGGCCUCACUGUGGUCUCUAAUUGAUCAUGACAAGUACUUUUUUCUGUUCCUUUUUGCCCAAUCUGAAAAAUGAAAUUCACAUAACCCUUGUAGAGAGAGAGAGAGAGAGA